UGCGUGUUGCUUUCAUCAUCCCAGCAACAUCUGCUACUACAUUCUAGUAAUUUCUUCUUUCUUCUUCUAAAGAGCAGAUAAAAGACAACAAUUUUUAGUCGUUUUUCCAGUUGCAGCCGUUUGGUUAACACUUGCCAUUUCUUUCAAUUUAUUAGAGGUACUGCAUUUGUGCAAAUGCCACGGAGCUUGGCGAUUAUAAUCGUUUGAUAUCCGCGCGUUAACUUUUGUUUCGUUCCUUAAUUUAUAGUAUAUUGUGGGUCUUAUUUUCAUCUAUCUAGUUAUUCGAUUGGUAUCAGAAAGAAAGAAAGAAAGAGAAGAACGAGAAGAGAGAAAGAGAAUGGGGAGCUCAGGAGGAGGGAUAGAGUGGAAGCUGGCGGAUCACCCGAAGCUUCCAAAGGAUAAGACGGUGGCUGUGGUGGUGUUGGAUGGCUGGGGGGAAGCCUCUCCCAAUCAGUACAACUGCAUCCAUGCUGCUGACACUCCCACCAUGGAUUCCCUCAAAAAGGGUGUCCCAGAAAGAUGGAGGUUGGUUAGGGCUCAUGGUACUGCAGUCGGGCUUCCCACUGAUGAUGAUAUGGGCAAUAGUGAAGUUGGUCAUAAUGCUCUUGGCGCUGGACGAAUAUACGCUCAAGGGGCAAAGCUCGUUGAUAAUGCUCUUGCUUCUGGAAAAAUUUAUGAAGGGGAAGGUUUCAAGUACAUAAACGAAUGUUUUGAAGCUGGUACCUUUCACCUCAUUGGAUUAUUAAGCGAUGGGGGUGUCCACUCCCGACUUGAUCAGUUGCAGUUGUUGCUUAAAGGUGCUUGUGAGCAUGGCGCUAAGAGAAUCCGAGUUCAUAUACUUACUGAUGGCCGGGAUGUCUUGGAUGGUACAAGUUUGGGCUUUGUACAAACCCUUGAGAAUGAUCUUGUAAAAUUACGUGAGAAAGGAGUCGAUGCCCAGAUUGCAUCUGGUGGAGGUCGCAUGUACGUAACCAUGGAUCGCUAUGAGAAUGAUUGGAAUGUUGUGAAACGUGGAUGGGAGGCCCAUGUUCUUGGUGAAGCCCCGUACAAGUUUAGGAGUGCUGUUGAGGCUGUUAAGAAACUGAGGGAGGAAACCAAUGCUAACGACCAGUACUUACCUCCUUUCGUAAUUGUGCAUGAGAAUGGGAAGCCUGUGGGCCCAAUUGUGGAUGGUGAUGCUGUCGUGACAUUCAACUUUCGCGCAGAUCGCAUGGUUAUGCUUGCUAAAGCACUUGAAUAUGAAGACUUCGACAAAUUUGAUCGAGUUCGGUUCCCUAAAAUCCAUUAUGCUGGAAUGCUUCAGUAUGAUGGCGAAUUGAAGCUUCCUAGCCACUACCUUGUUUCUCCUCCGGAGAUAGAACGAACUUCUGGAGAAUACUUAGUUCACAAUGGUGUCCGAAUUUUUGCUUGUAGUGAGACAGUAAAAUUUGGUCAUGUAACUUUCUUCUGGAACGGAAAUCGGUCUGGGUAUUUUAACCAAGAAAUGGAAGAAUAUGUGGAAAUUCCUAGUGACUCUGGAAUCACAUUUAAUGUCCAACCAAAGAUGAAGGCAUUGGAGAUUGCUGAGAAAGCCAGGGAUGCUAUACUUGGCCGCAAAUUCCACCAGGUACGUGUUAACAUGCCAAAUGGUGACAUGGUGGGCCAUACAGGUGACAUUGAGGCAACAAUCGUAGCUUGCAAGGCUGCUGAUGAUGCUGUGAAGGUGAUCCUUGAUGCAAUAGAGCAGGUGGGUGGAAUAUACAUUGUCACUGCUGAUCAUGGCAAUGCUGAGGACAUGGUGAAGAGGAACAAAAGGGGGGAACCUCUUCUUGACAAGAACGGGAAUAUUCAAAUACUUGCGUCUCAUACUCUCCACCCGGUGCCUGUAGCAAUAGGAGGUCCUGGGUUGCUGCCUGGGGUGAGAUUCUGCAAGGAUGUUCCAGAUGGUGGGCUUGCAAAUGUGGCUGCAACAGUAAUGAAUCUCCAUGGAUUCGAGGCUCCUAGUGACUAUGAACCAACUCUCAUUGAGGUUGCAGAUAACUAGAUCAGAUUAUUUUUUUGUUUUUUGACUUGGUAUCAAUGCCAUGGAAGAAUGUUCAUGUCGUACUACAGUUCAAGCAUAGUUGGUACAGAAUUUUUGAAUUUACUAAAGAAUUCUCUUUGUACUAGAACUAUGGCUACUUGUUAAAUGGCUUAAAUAAGAUGGAUGUUAUGAGUGUA